AUGUUAAAACAUAAAAAUGUUUGGGAUCAUUUUCAUGCAGAAUCUCCAGACCGAAUGACAGCAAUUUUGGAUAUGUUAGAAAAUGAAAAAUUAAAUGAUAAAUUAACUAAAAUUUCACAUAUUUCAUUGUCAAAAAAUGAUAUUGCUCUUGUACAUCCUAUGUCAUAUAUUGAGAAACUUGAAAAUUUAUGUAAAAAUGGAUGUGAUAAAGAUAGAGAAGACUUUUGCAAAAAACAUGAUAGUAUAUAUAUGGUUAGUGAAACAUAUGACUGUGCAUUAAGAGCAGUUGAAUGUUGUUGGAGUAUCACAAAAUCUGUCCUUGAAAAUAGGAAAUCUAAUGGUUUUGCUUUAGUACGACCUCCAGGACAUCAUGCUUAUAGUGAUAAUCCUAAUGGAUUUUGUUUUUUUAAUAACAUUUCAAUAUGUGCUAAAAAAGCUAUGAAAGAUUAUGAUAAUGUUAGGAAAAUUCUUAUAAUAGAUUGGGAUAUUCAUUCAGGGCAGGGGACACAAUUUUCAAUAAAAGAUUGUGAUCCAAAUAUUCAAUUAAUAUCUAUUCAUAGAUAUGAAAAUGGUAAAUAUUGGCCACAUUUAGUUGAAUCUAAUUUUGAUGAAUCAUUUUCCUCCAAUACAUUAAACAUUCCAUUAAAUGAAGUUGGUUUAAAUGAUUUUCAUUAUAUUCAUAUAAUGUGUAAAGUAGUUUUUCCUUUUAUUUUUAACUUUAAACCAGAUUUAAUUUUGGUUUCAUGUGGUUAUGAUGCAGCAAUAGGUGAUCCAAAAGGAGAAAUGAUGGUAUCUCCAUAUUUUUAUGGAUUAAUGACAAGACUUUUAAGUAGUCUUUCCAUACCAUUAGCAUUAUUUUAUGAAGGUGGAUAUUUAAUUGAAUCUAUUACAAUUUCAGCAAAAGAAACAAUUUCUGGUCUUAUUGAUAGGGAAAUAUUUAAUUAUUAUAAAUCGAAUUUACCACCAGAUAAUUCUAUUAAUUUUAAGAAUGAAUUUUUCUGGAUGAUUAAUAAAUUAACCAGUCACAAUAAUCUUCAUAAAAAUAUUAAUACUUUAAAUUAUUACUUAACACAAAAUACAAUUCAAUUAUCACCUUUAUACCAACCUUCAAAAGAAGAGUUAAAAAUUUAUCAAUUUACACCACCUGCUAUAACAAGAGGAGUAUAUACUCAGUUAAGUAAUGAAGAAAUUACUACUGCUCAUGAAUAUAUAGUACAUUCUAUGAAAUGUCAAAAUAUUGAAAAUGACACAAAAAAUUUAAUUCAUAUUGAUUUUAAUGAUGAAAAAAAAAUUCUUACUUUUACUGGUAAUAAACAUCAAGAAACUAUUUCAAUAGUAAUAGAUGACUUAACAAUUUUUACUUUUAUUUUGACAUAUAUAAUUAUACCUAAUAUUUUUUGUUUUACAUCAAAUGAAAAUUUUGACAAAUUUUUAUCAAACUGGAAUAUAAUGACUAUAAACAAUUACGAUGAAAAUUUGGCAAUUAAAAGUAUAAUUGAAAAAUUGUUUUCAAAAUUUAAUCUUCAAUAUUAUUAA